AUGUCUCAAUCCAAUGAUAAUGAAUUUAUGAAUGAAUUUCAUGAUGAUUUAAUGGCCCCUGAUAAUAAAAAAUCAAUUAAUAAUCAACAAGAAGAAGAAUUUAAACCUUUGACUAUUCGUAACUUUUUACUUACAUUUAAAGAAUUUUUCAUUAUAUGGAUUAAUCAAAUAUUAUGUUAUAAUAAAAUAUAUUCAAGAUCAAUAUUUGAUAAAUUUAAAUCAUUUAAUUUAAUAGUUUAUAAAAAUAGAUUUCCAAAUUUUAAUAAAUAUUUAAAUGAUUUAAUUGAAAAUAUUAUAAUAAAUUUAAUAAUUAAUAAAGAUAAACCAAAUAGUUUAAAAUCAAUAAAUUGUUUGAUUUUAAAUGAAAAGACCAAUGAAGUUAAAAAGAAAUAUUCAAUAAAUUUUUAUCAAUUUAUAAUUAAUUUAAAUAAAACUAUUUAUAAUUUAAAUCAAGAUGAAUUAGAUGAUACAUCAGCAUUAAUUGAAAUACAGGAUUUAGGUUGGAACGAAAUUUAUACUCAAUUUAAUACUAUAUUAUUUCAACAUAUUCAAGAAUUGAAAAAACUGAAUGAUGGUCGCGAAGUUAACGAUUCAAAUUUUAAUUCUAGUACAAAUUUUACAUCAGAUGAUAAUAAUGAUUCUCAAGAUAAUGAUUUGUUUUUCAAAAUUACCGUUGAUGUCGAUAAACUGAUUUAUAUAACCAAGAAUAAUUGGACAAGAUUGAAUGAAGAUGUAGGUGGUGGUAAUAAUGCAACAAACUCAACUAAAUUUAUGUCAAUUGGUAAUUUAGAUUUAAAAGUUUUGAAUUUAGAUUUCUCAAAUGAGUAUUAUUAA